AUGGGGCAAGUGCUGGCCACAAAUUAUUCCCGGUGUAAAACAACCGCGGACGGAAAAUAUCUUUUACCCGAUAACGCUUUCGUAAUUCCUGUCAAACGCAGUAAAGUGGACAUGUCCUCAGAGGUCUUUGACCGCUGGAAUAGCUACACGAGCACGACUGCUCAUUCCAUCAAUCUCCACGCAUCUUACUCAGUUGUAAGCGGUUCCUUUGCUGAGGACUUUAAAUACAACAAAGAAAAGCAAGUUGGCGACAAGGCUGUCACAACGAGAGUUCAACUCCGUCAUUUCAUGUACGUGGUAAAAACGCAUCCCGAGUCAAGUCUGCAUCCUGUCUUUAAAAGCAGGUUGAUGCAAAUCGCAGCUGAGUUGCAGAACAAUCGCACGAAACAAGCGUGGUACAGCGCGCAGUUACUGGUCAGGGAAUACGGUACUCACAUCAUAACCUCUGUUGAUGCUGGUGCAGCGCUCGUUCAAGAAACUCAUAUCAAAGAAAAUGUUCUCAAGGACAAAUCGCUUUCUGCACACGAUUUAAAAGUAGCCGCAACAGCAACCUUUUUUCGGUCUCUUAAGUUUGGCGCUGGUUUCGGACACAAUGUAAGCAACGAGAACGUUCACAAGUUUGAGAAGAGUCGGACCGCUUCACGCGUAUUAACCUAUGGCGGUCCACCGUACCGAUCGAAGUUUAGUGUCCAAAACUGGGAGAACAGUCUAACGAACGAGCUAGUUGCUAUUGACAGAAGCGGCGACCCCCUUUACUACGUUAUCAACAGCGCCACUCUGCCUAGCUUACCAGAACCAACAGUGUUCCGCUUGGCUAAGAUUGUUCAGCGAGCUGCUCGCCUAUAUUACAAAGUAAAUACUGUUGCAGGAUGUACUGACGAGACGUCGCCCAGAUUCAACUUCGAUGCGAACGUCAAUGACGGCAGUUGUCACGCAACACAAACAAAUUUUACAUUUGGGGGAGUGUAUCAAAAAUGCUACGCAAGUCGCUUCAACUCAGCGGGAAACUUAUGCGAUGAGUUACAGCAUAAAAACCCCCUUACGGGCGAUUUUUCCUGCCCCGAGGGAUACGAAGCCGUGGAACUUUUAAAACCACAGUCAGGCGAAAGGCCGGUAGUAACAAAAUCGUAUCACCAUACACACUGCCGCAAACUUUGUCGUCCAUGCGGAUUUUUUUUGUUACAAGAUUGCUGCCAUACUUCAUGCCAAAACAUUUUUCAUUACAGCAUGGUAUAUAUUGCACCCUAUUGGUGUGCUGCUGCGAUGACUGUGGGCGAAAACAGUGGGAUGUUAUUUGGAGGCGUUUACACAUCACAUGAUCCGAACCCUGUGACUGGUGCACAAAGUUGCCCGCAUAGGUUCUACGCGUUGCCGUUUGGAAGCCAUUCUCACGUUUGCGUGAGUGAUGAUUAUGAACUCGGGUACCAGUUCUCGCUGCGUUUCGGCGGAUUUUUCAGUUGUUCGUCUGGAAAUCCUCUCGCUGUUCCCAACAAGAACCAUCAGCAAAAAAGCGGAAAAACCACGCCCAAGACAUCUCCUAAGGGAAACUUAGCAGGUAUAGUAAAUGGCCCACAAAGUUGCCCACGCGGGUACACCCAGCAUCUCCUGUCAGUUGACAAUGAAUGUGAGAUAAACUAUUGCGUUAAGGCGAACUCUUUAGCGAAACUCUCUCGCACAGCUGUGAGAAGACCUCCCUACAAUGCUCGCCCGGGAGUCAGCCCAAAGGCAACAAAAACGCUAAUGGUUGUUGGAAUAAAUGGUGAAGUUUGGUACAGGAACAAUUCGAAUGCUGAUUGGACUCUUGCCUCGUUUGCCACUCAAGACGACGAUGACUCUUCGGAAGAAAUGGUAUCAGAAGACCAAACCAAGCCCAUGUCGCAAGGCGCUGCAAUUGCACUUAGCGUGUGCGCAACAGUUUUAGCGGGAAUUUUAGCCGUAGCUGUGUACGUCAGUUACAAGCGUCGCGAAAAGACGAAAGAGUACAGGGCGGUUUCUUUGAAGGAAGUGCUCCUGCCUGAUGAAAAAACACCGCUGAACAAUAACAAUACAUCUGAGAUAUCGUAA